CCUCACUGUUAGGAAUGAAGAUAGAGGUGAAAAUUCAGGAAGAACGCCCCACACGACAAAGAUGGAGAGUAUACAAGUUGUAGAAGAAUGCCAAAUUCCAACUACUGAGGAAAUUCUGUCUUGGUCUCAUAAUUUUGACAAGAUGAUGCGGAGUCCUGCAGGAAGAAAUCUCUUCCGAGAAUUUUUACGCACAGAAUACAGUGAAGAAAAUCUGCUUUUCUGGCUGGCAUGUGAAGACUUGAAGAAUGAACAAAAUAAGAAACUUGUCGAAGAAAAGGCUAGGAAUAUAUAUGAAGAUUAUAUCUCCAUACUUUCACCAAAAGAGGUCAGUCUUGACUCCAGGGUCCGGGAAGUGAUCAACCGAAAUUUGCUAGAUCCAACACCUCACAUGUAUGAAGAUGCCCAACUUCAGAUUUAUACACUGAUGCACAGAGACUCAUUUCCAAGGUUUUUGAACUCACAAGUAUUUAAGACUGUUCUUGAGAGUACAGAAGGUUCUACCAUUGACUCUUAGCUGUCAUCUUUGGACAAAUGACAUGGGGUUUUUGUCUCAAAAGAACAAAUAUGUAGUUUAAUAACAUCAGACACUGAGUUCCUGGAGAACUCCAGUUGUGCACUACUCAGGCUACUGUGAAGAAUUAACAAGAGAACUGCUUUCUGUCUCCAUUUUCCCAAGGGGUUUCAUGCUUGAUUUUGAGUGGACAAAAAAAAAACUACACUGGAAUUGCCACGUUUGUUUUACACACAGUUCACUUGAGCAUAGGACAUAAUGAUCUAUUUGAUGGACUAUGAAAAUACAAAUUGUUUUAUCUCAUUCUGCAUGUGUACAAAUAGACAUUCUCCUUAACUCACACACACUGCAAUAUAUAGGCAAUUACAUUAAACAUGUACUUAGCACUAUUCUAUGUGGAACUCUGCUGAAAGCAGAAACAGACCUUGGCUUGGUUUGCAUUUUCCUAUUUGACAGAUAUGUAUUGAUGAGACUAUUAUACCUUGAAAUUAUAUUUUCAGUGGUGUAAGACAAGGGAUAUUGUAAUGCCAGUACACAGGAAAGCUUAGAAUCCUUAAUGGAGGUAAUAGAGGUAGAAGUUGGAUUAUACUCACAGAUAUUCACUGCCAAAUGUGGCUUUUUUAUUUUUGUUACAGAGAUCACAAUGUCAAAGAAGCACAAACCACAUAAAGGAUAAAUGUCUGGAUGACCAAAUCUCUGAGCUGACAUUGUUUAUUGUUGUUAUUUAAGAAACAAAUAGCAUAUUUAUGUACAUUUCAGAUGUCACAUACAUAAAAUGAUUUAAUGAAACUGGCAAUCCAGUUUUAAAGUGUUGUCUAACAUAUUGUAUUUCAGCAAAAAAAAGAAAAACAUUAAAUAUCAAAGAGCUUGAUACUUUAAUAUUUUGAAUAAAAUAUAAUAAAAUGUUUACCUAUAUGUAGCAUUUGAAACAUUUUACUAGAAAAAAAAACCUGUCUUUUAAAUUAAUAUUAUUGUGUGAAAAAUGCUUUGAAUGCUUGGUUUAAGUUUGACAAGAAGUUACCUUUUCGGCAUUUACAUACACUUAAAGGUUGAUCUCUUAGCUUCUUCGCUUAUUGCACCUCGCCU